AUGGAUGUUUCGACACCGCUCCGGCUAUUGGAACUCAACCUGAUAUCUGCUCAAGAUUUGGAACCCAUAGUCCGUCGCGGAAUGAAGACGUACGCGGUGGCUUGGGUCAACCCGAAACGGAAGCUCACGACUCGAAUCGACACCGAAGGCCACACCAACCCGACGUGGAACGAUAAGUUCAUUUUCCGGGUCGACGACGAGUUCUUGUCCAGUGAAACGUCCGCCGUCAUGGUCGAAAUCUACGCCGUCCAUUGGUUCCGUGAUAUCCACGUCGGGACCGUUCGGAUCAUCAUCGGGAAUCUCUUAAAGACGUCGUCGAGCGACCAAUGCCUUGAAUUUGAGCUAGGGAUGAGGUUCGUCGCGCUUCAGGUCCGGCGACCAUCCGGUCGGCCGCAAGGGAUUUUAAACAUCGGGUUGACGUUGCUCGACGGUUCGAGGAGGAGCAUGCCGUUGUAUAUGCAAAUGGGUUCAUCGGCGGUCGGGUACCAAUAUUUUAUGGGCGAAGAUGAGCCGGUUCAAAGCAGUGAUCGGAACAACAACAACAACCGAUUUUCAUUUGAACCAAUCAAACACGAGCUUCGAAGAACCUUGAGCGAUUCGAGUUCGAUGUUGGGAUCUCAAUAUGUGCCGAUGAUCUCCUUUAAAGGAUCGUCCAUUUUCAACACCGGCGGCGGCGGUGGCCCGGCUCUAAAAUACGAUUCCGAUCUGGGUCCGUCGCCAUCGGAAGUAGCGGCCGCCGUCGCCAAUAUCAAGAACCAAAACAAGAUGGACGACGCAGAGAGUUCGUUGGUCGGGAGUUGGAGUUUAGACGAGAGCAUGGAAGGGAUCGUUUCGAAGCUAGAGAGGUGGAGGGUCGAACUCCCGCCUAUGUACGACCACGACCGUGACGACGAUAGCGACGGCAGCAGAGUUUCUUCUAGUAGUCUGGGGAAGCGGAGCAAAUGCAGGGAAGAAAAGAAGAAUUUGCACCAAGCCCCUUCAAAGGGUGGCUUGAGUUUGCUUUGA